AUGACCCAACCAAACCUCACCUACACACCACUUGUCCUGACAGCACACAAGAAUUGUGUCAACGCGAGCAUGCCUUCCCGUUCCUCUCGUCAUCACUCGUCGUCGAGAUCUCUCGUCUCUACAAAUGCCAAGGCCGCACCCUUCCUCUUAAUCACCGCCAUCCCUCAAGAAGCCACCAGCAACAACCAGCAGCUCAGGAUGGGCGACGCGGCCAUCGCCGUCGUGGAGGAGGAGGGGCAGGAGCACAUCUUCCGGAGCAGGUUCCCGCCGGUGGCCGUGCCGGACGACGUCACGGUGCCCGAGUUCGUGCUGGCGGGUGCCGAGGCCUACGCUGACAAGGUGGCGCUCGUGGAGGCCGCGCCGGGGGGCCGGUCCUACACCUACGGCGAGGUGGCCCGUGACAUGGCGCGGUUCGCCAGGGCGCUGCGGUCGGUCGGCGUCCGGAAGGGCCACGUCGUCGUGGUCGCGCUCCCGAACCUCGCGGUGUACCCUGUGGUCUCCCUCGGGAUCAUGUCCGCGGGGGCUGUCUUCUCCGGCGUGAACCCCAGGGCGCUCGGCACCGAGAUCAAGAAGCAGGUGGAGGACUCUGAGGCCAAGCUCGUUGUCGCCAACGAGGUGGCCUAUGACAAGGUGAAGGACGCGGGCGUGCCGGUCAUAGGCAUCGGCGACAUGGAGCUCAUGCCGGGCGCCAUAAGCUGGGACGAGCUCCUCGCCGCUGCAGACCGCACCGGCGCGCCGGUGGUGGCGCUGGAGCCGGUGCAGCAGUCCGACCUGUGCGCGCUGCCCUACUCGUCCGGCACGACGGGCGUCUCCAAGGGCGUGAUGCUGAGCCAUCGGAACCUGGUCUCCAACCUCUGCUCGUCGAUGUUCGCCGUCGGGCCGGAGCUGGUCGGGGAGGUGGUCACGCUAGGUCUCAUGCCCUUCUUCCACAUCUACGGCAUCACCGGCAUAUGCUGUUCGACGCUGCGGCACAAGGGCACGGUAGUGGUGAUGGACCGGUUCGACCUGCGCACCUUCCUGGGCGCGCUGGUGUCGCACCGCGUCAUGUUCGCGCCCGUCGUGCCGCCCGUGUUGCUGGCCAUGGUCAAGAGCCCCGUCGCCGACGAGUUCGACCUCUCCGGCAUCGCCCUAAAGUCCGUCAUGACCGCCGCCGCGCCGCUCGCACCGGACCUCCUCGCAGCCUUCCAGAAGAAGUUCCCCGGCGUGCAGGUCGAGGAGGCGUACGGGCUCACCGAGCACAGUUGCAUCACGCUCACGCACGCCGGCGGGGACCCGCUGAAUGGCGGCCCCACACAAGUGGCGAAGACGAACUCGGUCGGGUUCAUCCUGCCCAACCUGGAGGUGAAGUUCGUCGACCCCGACACCGGGCGGUCGCUGCCCAAGAACACGCCGGGGGAGCUCUGCGUCCGGAGCCAGGCCGUGAUGCAGGGCUACUACAAGAAGAAGGAGGAGACUGAGAGCACCAUCGACGCCAAGGGCUGGCUGCACACCGGUGACGUCGGUUACAUCGACGACGACGGCGACGUCUUCAUCGUCGACCGGAUCAAGGAGCUGAUCAAGUACAAGGGCUUCCAGGUUGCUCCUGCCGAGCUGGAGGCCAUACUCCUGUCCCACUCGUCAGUCGAAGAUGCAGCUGUCUUCGGCCUGCCGGACGAGGAGGCCGGCGAGGUCCCCGUGUCCUGCGUGGUGCGGCGGCGCGGCGCGGCGGAGAGCGAGGCGGACAUCAUGGCGUACGUGGCGGCGCGCGUAGCGUCGUACAAGAAGCUCCGGCUGCUGCGCUUCGUGGACGCGAUCCCCAAGUCGGUGUCCGGCAAGAUCCUGCGGCGGCAGCUCAGGGACGAGUUGGUCAAGAGGACCAAGACGGCGGCAGCGUAGGGGGAGACAAGUUGCUCAACUCCUCCUUGGAACUGCGUAUAUGAGAGCUAGACAUUGCAAGGUGUUGCAUACAUCAAACGAGCAUCAUAAUCCACG